AGAAAUGAGAAUAUCAUUUUGAGCUCUCUGAUUUCCUCUGUUUUGUAGUUUUUCUGAUAUGGUAUCAAAGCUAUCAAUCCUUGAUGGAACUUCGAUCCUAUCUCUCCUCUACAAUAGUUAACAUCGUUGACCGAAACUCCUCUGCUACUAAGAGUUGAGAUCUAAUCGAAAGAUGUCGAGCUCUAACUCAUAUUGUUCAUGAUGAUGCCUUUGCCCUACCAAUUGUUCAAUCUUUCACCAAUAAAAAGAUCACCGUCAAUGGAAGCAACAAGCUCUUCUCAUGGCUCGGCAACAUCAUCUUCUCAAAUAUCUGGGUGGUUCAAUUACCUGUCCAUUAGUGACUAUUUGUGAUGAAUCUGGUCAUCAAAUUCCUAAUCCAUAGUUUGAGUCAUAUGAUGUCCAAGAUUUGGCCCUUGCUUCAUGGCUCUUAGCCACUGUUAGUGCUUUUAUUCUCCUUGAACUAGUAGGUUUUGACACCUCACUAUAGAUUUGGACUUGUCUUGCACAACUAUUUUCCACAAAAUCUGAUUCCAAGAUUCUUUAGUAUGGGAAUCAGCUUAGUAAUAUAAAAAAAAGGUGAGCUACCGAUGAGAGACUAUUUGGCAACUAUUAAAUCCAUUUGUGAUCACCUUGCUAUGCUCGAUCAUCGUGUGGAUGAGACAGAUCACAUCUCCUAUGUACUUAAUGACUUGACAGUAGAAUAUGAGUCGGUGAUUGCUGUCAUCAAUGGUGCAUAUGGUCGAUUCACACUCUCUAAAGUCCACACCAUGCUUAUUGAUGCUGAGACUCAUCAAAAGGCAUUUGUUCAUCAGUCUUCUAUUCAUGUUAAUGUUGCUACAUCUGUUCCUCCUAGUGCUAAUGACGAUUUUGAAAAAGUGUAUCAUGUGAAUUAUGCUCCUCGGGCAACCUCUACUUGUGGUAGUUGUCAGCCUUUUCCACCUUUUCAAAAUCAUUCUGGUAUGUCUCGAGGUCAAGGACGUUCUUUGAAUCUUCUUAUUUGUCAAAUAUGCUUUAAAGUGGGUCAUACAGUUGAUCGAUGCUACUAUCGGUUUGACUAUAAUUACUCUACCUCUUCUUCAUCUGUUGCAUCUAAUCCUAGUGCUUAUAACUCUGUUUACUCUCCUAUUGAGAAUUUUAUCAAUGGCAACUAUGACUCUACUUUUGGUUAUACUAUUGUCCCUUAUGUUGACCCUGCUGGUUCUACACCAUCACCUACUAUUUCUGGCCCUCCACCAAUUCCUAUUUCUAUCCCUCUACCACUUCCAUCCAUUUCUUCUCCAUCUCCACCUUCCCCAGCCUCACAAUCUACUCCAACCAUCUCUCCAGGUGCUCAAGUCUAUCUGGCUACUCCUAUAACUACUCAUGAUGAUGGAUGGUAUUUGGACUUUAGAGCCACUCAGCAUAUUUCUCGAUCACCAAACAAGGUUUAUGAUGUUAGUAGUUCUUAUGGGAUUGGAUCAAUUGAAGUAGAUACUGAUUGGGGAUCUUCUAAAGAGGAUAGGCGGUUUACAAGUGGUUACUGUACCUAACUGGGUUCUAAUCCUGUCAUGUGGACUUCACACAAGCAAUCUGUUGUGUCAAGAUCCACUACUGAAGUAGAAUACCAUAGUGUGGCAGAUUCAGUCAUUGAAGUUUGUUGGAUGUUGACUAUUUUAAAAGAAAUGCAACUUUCUACUAUUAGGGUAUCUUAAAUAUAGUGUGACAAUACUAGUACUAUGGCUUUAUCCUUUAAUCCAGUUCUACACUAUAAAUCCAAACACUUUGAGCUUGAUUUGUGCUUUGUGCGAGAGAAAGUUGUUGAUGGUAUCUUGCGUGUGGGUUAUGUUCCUACCUCGGAUCAGGUGGCAGAUGUGCUUACAAAAGCUCUCCCUCAAUAUGCUUUUACAGAUCUCCGUACUAGGCUACGUGUGGUUCCCAUUGAGUCUUUGUAUGAACAAAAUGGUUACUGUCAUCUAGUCUUGGCCAAUUUUGAUUAAUGGUCUCAAUUUUUUUUCCUCUCGCAGGGGAAGUAUUAGACUAAAUAUAGUAUUGGGCCUUAGCCCAUUCUGAUGUAUGUCUAUGAUU